GUCGGUGUCGCAUUCAGCUUUGCGUUUCUUGUUCGUUAGCCGCCCCGAGUGACGUAGGCAGCACCCAAUCAAUUUGGGCACAAAAGAUCUGAAUCUAUCCCCCUCACAGUCGUUCCUCAGUUCACCACGGACACAUCUCACCCUCGACUACCGAACGAUGCCGCCAAAGAGAGCUUCGAGGGCAAAGGCCAACAAGGGCACCGAUACUCAUGAUGUUGUCAUGGAAGGAGCCGUCCCCGAGGUUGCUGUUGAAUCUACCUCUGAGGAAUCCAAUCACAUCCAGAACGACUCCACUUCUGUAAAGGCGAUUUUGCAGCGGUCCGUCAAGAGGACGAGGGAGCUUUUUGCCGAAGACCAGGAAAACUUGUAUGCCGCACCAUUAGAGGAGCAAGCAAGUCAACGCGUCAAGCUACAGUCAAAGAUCUAUGACGAGUACAAACAGGUCCAAGUUCUUCCAUACCCGCUUCUCAAGCGACAGCAGGAGCAGUUGCAAAAAAAGAAAACCAAGGGAGGUUCAGUAGCAACACCAGCAGGAUCAGACGUGGCAACGGGCGACAGUGGCAUCGAAAAAAUUCUGGACACCAUGCCUAAGAAGACACAGCAGUUUAAUGCACUG